UUACUUGGCAUUCCUUAAUAUCUUCCAUCUUCAAUCCUUUAUGUAUGACACAUUACACCAUAAUACACUCCACUAUGCACAUGCCUUUCUUCUUCUAAAAUACUCCCUUAUAUUUUCUCCUUUCUUUAAUUUUUCAUGACCAUUUUCUUAAGUCUUAUUUUCAUGGGUAUUCUUACAUUCAUUCCCCAAGAUCUUUCCUCCACUUCUAAACCCAAAACAACCAAACAUGGCCUAAAACACCCUAAAAAGACCCAUCAAAAAGACCAAAAACUACCCAUGGAGACCCCAAAAGAAGCCCAACAAAACCCGAAACCGAAACCCAACCAAAAGCCAAAGAAUAACCCAUCAUCAUGGGGUCAAUUUAAGAACCUUCUAACUUGUAAACAAGUAGAAGGUUCUAGAGUUCAUGAUCCGUCUAAAGUCGGGUCAUCAUCAUGUGGGUCUAUGUGUAGUUUUCGUGAUGUGGUUCAUGGAACUACUAGAGUGGUUCAUAGGUCAGAUAACUCUUCCCCUGAAAGUAGCUCAUUGGGUCAAGAAGCCCGACUUUUGAACCGGGGCAAAACCGGGUCGGGUUCCGUUUCGAGUCGGUCGUUAACCGGGUCGGUUAAAUCGGGUGCUAGUGGGGCUACUACACAUUCGGUGUCUUCUAGAGGAAUGCCCUUGAGAAAGUUAUCUGGGUGUUAUGAGUGUCACAUGAUUAUUGAUCCUAGCAGGUACCCAAUAAUACCAAGGUCAACUGUAUGUGCAUGCCCUCAUUGUGGAGAAAUAUUUCCAAAGAUUGAGAGUUUGGAGCAUCAUCAAGCAGUUAGACAUGCAGUAUCGGAGCUAGGUCCAGAGGAUUCGGGUCGGAACAUAGUGGAGAUAAUAUUCAAAUCAAGUUGGUUAAAAAAGGAUAACCCAAUAUGCAAGAUCGAACGGAUAUUAAAAGUUCACAACACACCAAGAACAAUCCAACGGUUUGAAGAUUGUAGAGAUAUAGUGAAAUUAAGAGCAAAUAACAACACAAAGAAGAACCCAAGAUGUGCGGCAGAUGGAAAUGAAUUACUAAGAUUCCAUUGUACAACUCUUAGUUGUUCGCUUGGUGCACGUGGUUCUUCUAAUCUUUGUAGCUCUGUCCCUUCUUGCGGCGUUUGUACUAUUAUUAGGCAUGGAUUCCAAGGAAACAAAGGAGUGAGAACAACAGCAAGUAGCGGAAGGGCCCAUGAUUGCCUAGAUUGUGCGGAUGGACGAAGAGCCAUGCUUGUGUGCCGCGUGAUCGCCGGGAGAGUCAAGCGCAGCACUAACGAUGCACCCGCAGAAGAGGACAUCAUGUCCCUCGAGGCUCCACCCGGCAGCACCACUUCGUAUGACUCCGUUGCUGGGUCCGCCGGGGUGUACUCUAACCUCGAAGACUUAGUCGUCAUCAAUUCAAAGGCCAUACUUCCUUGCUUUGUAGUAAUCUAUAAAACCCUCUCUACCAUCACUUAACAAAUGACUAUGGGCCUACUUUAUACUCUCUCCGUCUUAGUAAAUUUGUAACGUUAACUGCUAUUUAGUUUUACAUUCUCUAAGAUUCACCAGGUCAUUCGACAUAAAAAAGACAUAUUAAAUUUAUAAAGACGGAGAGAGUCUAUACUUUUUAAAAAAGUGGUGAUUGGCUAACUAGAAGCACAAAUUAACCCACUCUAGUCUUUCUCUCAAGCAUCAUGUUACAAUGUCUUACCUAUUUUACACUCUAGUGUUUGCUUAUUGACUAGAAAAUUAGAGUGUAAGAAAGAUUUGCCAUUAGCAUUGAGCUUGCCUUAGAAGAAGUUUGUAUUAAUCUUUUUGUUAUGAUUGUGAGUAUUUAAAACAAAAAAAAAAUGUCAUUUUGUGUUAGAAUUUUUGCUUUUUGUACAUAUAUGAUGAGUGUAUAAUGAAUUCACAUUAUUUAUUGUUUUUUUUUUCAUUAUGGAACAUUAUUUAUAAAUACUCCCUCCCUCACCUCU